UGGAGCCGCAGCUUCUCUUGCGCUCCUGCCGGACUCGGGCUGCGAGUCCCCGGCCCGCCGCCCGAAAGACUCCCGCCUGGCACGCGCGCGUGCUCGCAUCCACGUUGCCCUUCACGGCACGCGCUCACACUCAUCCCCCUCGCACACACGCGCGCUCACACUCACGGCAGCGCUCCCCCUGGAACGCGCGCUCACACUUUCCCACUCACACCCCACUCGCGCCCCGGAGCGCUCGCUCUGCAGGGGCGCGCAGGCACCGCCGGCGAGAGGGCCGAGGGGACCCACGGCCUCCCCAUGGCUGACCUGAGCUUCAUCGAAGAUUCCGUGGCCUUCCCGGAGAAGGAGGAGGAUGAUGAGGAAGAGGAAGAAGGCGUGGAGUGGGGCUACGAGGAAGGUGUUGAGUGGGGCUUGGUGUUUCCGGAUGCUAAUGGGGAGUACCAGUCUCCCAUUAACUUGAACUCAAGAGAGGCUCGAUAUGACCCCUCACUGCUGGAUAUCCGCCUCUCCCCGAAUUAUGUGGUCUGCCGGGACUGUGAGGUCGCCAAUGACGGGCAUACCAUUCAGGUUAUCCUGAAGUCGAAAUCAGUUCUAUCAGGAGGUCCAUUGCCUCAAGGACAUGAAUUUGAGCUGUAUGAAGUUAGAUUUCAUUGGGGAAGAGAAAACCAGCGUGGUUCUGAGCACACAGUUAAUUUCAAAGCUUUUCCCAUGGAGCUCCACCUGAUCCACUGGAACUCCACCUUGUUUGGCAGCAUUGAUGAGGCUGUGGGGAAGCCCCAUGGAAUCGCUAUCAUCGCUUUGUUUGUCCAGAUCGGAAAAGAGCACGUGGGUCUGAAGGCUGUGACUGAAAUCCUCCAGGAUAUUCAGUACAAGGGGAAGUCCAAAACAAUACCCUGCUUUAAUCCUAACACUUUAUUACCAGACCCCUUGCUGCGUGAUUACUGGGUCUAUGAAGGCUCUCUCACCAUCCCGCCCUGCAGUGAAGGUGUGACCUGGAUAUUAUUCCGAUACCCUCUGACGAUAUCCCAGCUACAGAUUGAAGAAUUUCGAAGGCUGAGGACACAUGUGAAGGGGGCAGAGCUCGUGGAGGGCUGUGAUGGGAUUUUGGGAGACAAUUUUAGACCCACUCAGCCGCUCAGUGACAGAGUCAUUAGAGCUGCAUUUCAGUAGCCAAAGAAAACAGGAGCUGAUGUGUCUUCAUCUGGGUACGUGGAGAUUAAGUGAGGAAAACAGGCACACAGUUGAACCUGCACUUGAAAGCAGCUCUCAUGAUGAACCUGUUAAUUUCACAAUGUGAAUGCACUUCAUUGAAAUUUAGGACACAUUCUCAAGCCCCAUUCAUUACAAGUCAGGUGGUUUGUAAAAAUGUCAUGCCCUAUUAGGGAAAAAUCUACAUUCCUAUGUUUUCCCAGCAGUGCAGCCUUUCAUUCUAUUGAUAAGUUUUGCUUUAAUAUCAGCUUUCAUAAGGGAAGGCACCUGAGGCAGGGUAACGGUGACACGCAAGUACUACUUCUUUGGUACUCUGCUGUGUUGUUGUAGCUUGAAACUGCAGCUGUUAUCUCCUGAUGAAUGGGGAGCAUGAAGAAAGGGACUGGGAGUUGUUGAUCCUCAAAGCUGGCCACUCGUCCAGUGCAGAUUUGGUCGUCUUGCUUAUUGGGGUAGGUAGUGAGGGUAGAUCGGGCCAGAGUGAUAAUACUUACCCUAUGGAAGUGAUUUUAUUUGAUAGAUCAAGAAGCACUUGGUGAUUAUAUAAAUGCAGCAUGUUUCUUUACUGAUGGAAACAUAAUCUAUACAUUUUAAUAUAUUGGAUUUAAUGUAUGUGUUACUUGCCCUUAAGGAGUUAACAAAAUAAACAUCACAAACAAGGAAAAUAUAAAAUAUAUAUAAAUGCCUGUGUACUGGGUUACUUCUUCACCUUGUAGAUUGCCCAAGGUCACAUACCUAGGUCACUGUGUUGCUGUGAAACCACUGCUUCCCGUGAGAGGAAAGUGUCUGUUGGAACAGUUUCCUCGGAGUCAGGACAGAGCUCUGACUGUUUAGUGGUCCACUGGGAGUAUGUCCUCUCAACCUGUGUCAGUGGUCCGGUGGAUGGACGAGUCACAGAGGAACUGAAAUCUCUGGCCUCCAGGAGCUCAGCCUGGGACUUCCUUGGUGGUCCAGUGGUUAAGACUUACCUUCCCAGAAGAGUGUAUGGAUUCGAUCCUGGUCAGGGAGCUAAAAUCCCACAUUCCUCAUGGCCAAAAUAACAAAGUGUAAAACAGAGGCAAUAUUGUAACAAAUUCAAUAAAGACUUCAAAAAUUGUCCACAUCAAAAAAUAUUUUUCAAAAACAAAGCUUAAGUCUGAGAUAGUGAGCAGGACAAUGUAAAAACAUUUCAAAAAUACAGUUACAAAUUGUAAUAAAUUCUGUGAAUGAGAAGAACAAAAAAGUGGAGUGGAUGAGUUUUUGGCUAGAGGGAAUAUCUUUGCAAAGACCCUCGAGGGUCCCCUCCCUGUGGAGAUAGUAAGACUUUGAUGCGCUGAGAUACCUGAAAGAAGCCCUCUUAGUCUGGGGUGUGGAAAUGAAAGGGAGAGUCAGGCGGGGCCCUGUCUUCAAGGGCCUUGUCAGCCGAGUUAGAUGUCUUUAUUUCAUUGUCAAUGUGUUGACAUCUAAGGGUUCCCAGGGAAGUGGCCUGACCCCUUUAUAUUCUCAGGAGAUCACAGUGGCUGGAGAAUGAAUGGACUGGAUUACUGUGGGCCAGGCUGGGAGAGUAGAAAGGUAUUUUAGAAGUCCAUUGGGUAACCAAGGUGCAAAGCAUGGAGGCUUGGGUACCAGACUAGGAACAGUGAGGAUGGAGGGAGGUUUACAUUUGUGAAAGAGUCCUUGAAAGUGAUAUCUAGGGGUAAGUGGGAUGUGAGGGAGAGGAGAUGGAAUUAUCCGUGAUAACAGCCGCAUUUUGGGGCUUUAGAAACUGUGUAGGCAGAGUGACAACAGGGAAGCUGGAGGAGGUUCUGUCUGAGACAGAGAGAUAGAGAGAACUGAGAGUGGCUUGUCAGUCACUACAGUGGGUGGACCUGUCAUGAAGGAAGCUGGAAUUUCAAGAGUGGAGAUCAGAAAAGAGGUCUGAACAGAAUGUGGGAGUCAUGGGCAUAGAUUAUGUGUGUGUCUGCAUGUGUGUGUACAUAUAAUGUUCUAAUGCUACAUGGGGACGACCUCAUGUGUUCAUAAAACCUUAUGUGUUGCUUUAUGACAAGUUAACCAAAGCACCGGGAAGUUAGGUCAUUUGCCCAAAGUUGCUGAGCAGUGGAAGUGGAAGUUGGACUCACUCAGGCAGCCUGACUGACAGCCCUCUGUCAUAAGCACUGAGGGUCAGAGGUCAGGGAGCAUCUCCACACUCAGGCCCUCAGGGUAGCAGGAGGAUGAAGGGUGUAGGCUGUAGGGGGCAGAAGUGGAGUUUGAAGGGAGGAGGUGGGGAUACCUUGUGAUGACAGAUAGCUUCCCACUAGCUAUCUAUUUUACUCAUGGUAGCGUAUAUAUGCUGGUCACUCAGCGGUAAAGAAGCUGCCUGUAAUGCAGGAGACCUGGGUUCGAUCCCUGGGUCGGGAAGAUCCUCUGGAGCAGGGCACUCCUCCAGUAUUCUCAUACACACAGUAUUCAGUAUGGAGUGGAGUAUACCCACUCCAGUAUUCUUGCUUGGAGAAUGCCAUGGACAGAGAAGCCUUGUGGACUACAGUCCACGCGGUCACACAGAGUCGGACACAACUGAAGUGACUUAAGCAGCAGCAGCAGUGGUGUGCGUAUAUCAGUGCUACCCUCUCAAUUCAUCCCACCCCUCCUUCCCCCUGCUGUGUGCACACAUUCAUUCUCUAAGUCUGCAUCUCUAUUCCUGACCUGCAAAUAGAUUCAUCUGCACCAUUUUUCUAGAUUCCACAUAUAUGCAUUAAUAUAUUUGCUUUUCUCCUUCUGACCUCACUCUGUAUGACCAUCUCUUGGUCUGUCUGUAUCUCUACAGAUGACCCAGUUUAGUUCCAAAUGAAGGCUUUUUUUUUUUUUAAAAGAAAU